ACAGGAAUUUGUUUCCAGGACAUUACCCUUCCCGUGAUUCUUUUGGUUCCUCCUCCAACGAACCAGUAGACAACCCACCUGAUACGCCCGCCGCGAAUUUCAAUUAGCAGCUUGGUUGGGCAUGCCGAAAUCCUCUCGAUUCCUGAAUCUAGGGCUGGGAUUCUUAUCCAGGUCAAUCGAUUCUUCAAUUUUGUCCACAAGAAUUGUUCAGUUGUGAGCUGAGCUGCUGACGAUCAUCAAAAACCACCAGCUGUUAGCAGUAACCAAGAUUUUAUCUGGGAUGGGAUUGGGAUUGGGAUUGGAGUUCUUCAAGUUUUGGUAUUGGAUUUCCAUCAGAUAAUUAUCAUAUCUAGCAGACACGAACUAUAGAAUGAAAGUGCUUUCGUUUAUGGCGGAAAUGGUUUCCUCACACCUCUGUGUAUUUCUGGGACCGAAAUGGGCGUGAGGAAUUUGUUUCCCUUUGUUCAAUCAAGAAAACCUGGCAAUCAUUGGUCCCGGUACUUGUAUGUAUAUAGACAAGUGUAAUAUUGCAAUUAAAGUUUUUUUCGUUUUUAAUGUUGCAGCACUGAGAGCUCAUAGGUAAUGGAGGACCUCAAAGAGAGGCUGCUUCCACCAAAAGUCCCAAAACCUGCUUCAGCUGUAAACCUUCGCGAAGCAUCUUAUCGACCAUCUGCACUUGGAAGGCAACCUUUUCAAAGUGUGGAUGUUCUGGGGCUGAAGAAGCGGGGCCAGGGUCUUCGGUCCUGGAUUCGCGUUGAUACGUCUGGCAAUUCUCAGAUCAUUGAGGUUGAUAAGUUCACUAUGAUGCGUCGUUGUGAUCUUCCUGCCCGUGACCUACGGCUGCUUGAUCCUCUAUUUGUUUAUCCUUCAACCAUCCUUGGAAGAGAGAAAGCUAUUGUGGUUAAUCUAGAGCAGAUUCGAUGUAUUAUUACGGCCGAUGAGGUUCUACUUUUGAAUUCCCUUGAUAGCUAUGUAUUACAGUAUGUGGUGGAGCUUCAGAGAAGAUUAACAACAAAUGGAGUAGGUGAUGUUUGGCAGUCUGAUGGUUCUGACUUAAAUCGGCAGAGGGGAAAUAGAAAUUUUGAUAGUGUGUUUGGGAGCACAUCUCCUGAUUAUUUGCCCUUUGAGUUUAGGGCUUUAGAAGUUGCUCUUGAGGCUGCCUGUACAUUUCUUGAUUCUCAGGCAGCCGAAUUAGAAAUUGAAGCAUAUCCAUUACUGGACGAGCUCACGUCCAAGAUCAGUACACUGAACUUGGAACGUGCUCGUCGUUUGAAAAGCAGACUUGUUGCCUUGACUCGGAGAGUUCAGAAGGUUCGUGAUGAAAUAGAGCAGCUCAUGGAUGAUGAUGGAGAUAUGGCUGAGAUGUACCUGACUGAGAAGAAAAGUCGCAUGGAGUCGGCAUUUUAUGGCGAUCAAUCUAUGAUGGGGUACAUAUCUACUGAUGGUGCAUCUCUUUCUGCUCCUGUUUCUCCUGUAUCUUCACCUCCCGAUGGCCGAAAGCUUGAGAAAAGCCUCAGCAUUGCAAGGAGUAGACAUGAAAGCAUGAGGAGUUCAGAUAAUGCUACAGAGAGUAUAGAAGAGCUUGAGAUGUUGCUGGAAGCAUACUUCGUCGUCAUCGAUAGCACCCUGAAUAAGCUGACAUCGGUCACAAGCUUAUAUCAUUUCUCUGCCAUGUCUCAGUUGAAAGAGUACAUUGACGACACUGAAGAUUUCAUUAACAUUCAACUGGAUAACGUUCGAAACCAGCUGAUUCAAUUCGAGCUACUGCUCACAACUGCGACUUUUGUUGUUGCGAUAUUUGGGGUUGUGGCCGGGAUCUUUGGGAUGAACUUCACAAUACCGAUGUUUGAUGAGCCUGCUGCAUUUAAGUGGGUACUUAUAAUUACAGGAGUAACUGGCUUUUGCAUAUUUGCUGCAUUUGUGUGGUUCUUCAAGUAUCGAAGACUGAUGCCACUAUAGAUGUAAAAUUAAACCUCAAUCAAGGAUAAUGGAAAAUUCAAUUUAUUGCUAUUCUC